AUGUCCGAUAUUCGUCAAUACCCAACGAUCUCCCGGCAAAAUACGUUUGCGCAGCUUCCAGCAGAAUGUUCGGAUGAUGCACAGGGCCAGAUUUCCAAUCUAUUGGCCACCUCCCCAAUUGGCCGCCUAGUUGUGCUCGACGACGAUCCCACAGGAACACAGACUUGUCACGACAUUUCUGUACUUGCUGUAUGGGACAUACCUACUUUGGUGACCGAGUUUCAGACCGAUUCGCCGGGGUUCUUUAUUCUAACCAACUCGCGUGCGCUUCCGCCAGCAGAUGCGGAGAAACUUAUCCGGACCAUAUGCGAAAAUGUGAAAGAGGCGGCCAGGCAGACUGACCAUGGAGUGAAUAUCGUCUUGCGUGGCGAUAGCACAUUGCGCGGCCACUUCCCUCUCGAGCCAGAUGUCGCGCAGUCGGUCUUUGGACCGGCAGAUGGGCUCGUCUUGGCGCCGUUCUUUUAUCAAGGAGGGCGUUUCACCAUCAAUGACGUCCAUUAUGUUGCGGAAGGAGAUAGUUUGGUGCCAGCUGGAGCGACACCAUUUGCGCAGGAUGCGACAUUUGGCUACAAGAGCUCGAACCUCCGUGACUAUAUCCACGAGAAGGCCCCAGGCAAUUUCUCUGCGGAGCAGAUCCAUUCGAUAACAAUUGACGAUAUUCGACGCGGGGGUCCUCCAGCUGUUUGCGAGAAAUUGCUCAAGGUACCGACUCAAAGUGUGAUUAUUGUCAAUGCCGCCGCCGAGUCGGAUAUGCAUGUCUUCGUGGCGGGGUUGCUUCUCGCCGAGGCAAAAGGCAAGCAUUUCAUCUACCGCACCGGAGCCGCAUUCGUCUCCACCCGUCUUGGGAUUCGUUCCAAGGCUCCCAUCUCUGCGUCCGAACUCCAACUCCCAUCUCCCCGUCAGACCGGCGGUCUCAUCUUGGCGGGUUCAUAUGUGCCCAAGACCACAGCUCAGCUGAAACAUCUCACCGACCGCCUCAGCUCGACAGGGAAACUUGCUGUUAUUGAGAUUCAAGUCGACGACUUGAUCGCGUCACCGGAAACCGCGUCGAAAAUCAUCAAACAGGUCGUCGGGGAGACUGAAACCCAUCUCCGAGCUGGGCAAGAUACACUUAUAAUGACCAGUCGCAAGUUAGUCACAGGAUCGGAUGAAUUAUCUUCUUUGCAGAUUGGAUCCGUGGUUGCACAGGGGUUGGUCAAUAUCUUGCAAAACAUAGAAGUGCGCCCACGAUACAUUAUUGCAAAGGGCGGCAUUACAUCUUCGGACGCUGCAACAAAGGGACUGAAUGUCAAGCGCGCUACAAUCGUCGGACAGGCGGCGCCUGGUGUACCCCUUUGGCGGUGCGACGAAGAAACAUCUCGUCAUCGAGGAGUACCCUUUGUGGUCUUCCCCGGUAAUGUCGGGGGCGAGUCAACAUUGUGCGACUUGGUCGAAGGGUGGUACUAG